UGUAACACCUCAUCGGGCCAUGGCGGCUCCACUGCAGCGCGGCACCGGCUCCGCGCCAGCCCUGCCCGUGCGGGCCCGGGGAGCUCGGCGCUGCAGGCCGGAGGAGGCAGGGCAGCGCUGCCCCGGCUGGGUGAUGGCGGAGGGGGGAACAGCCCAGGAGAGGCAGAGAAGGAAAACAACAAAGAGCCAUGUGACGGGGAGCGGCGGCCGCGCUCCCCCCGGCGCACCCGCUCCGGGCGGGGAGGUGGCGGCGCCGCCCGGCCCCUCCCGCGGCCACCGCUGCUGGUUCUCCCCGUCCCCUACCACAGCCCGGGCUUUAAUAUUUUUGUGCAUUUUCUUUUUUUCCCCCGCUCGGGACGCGGAGCGCCGGGAGGCAGCGGGGGGAGAGCCUGCCGCGCCACCGCCCAGCACUGAGGAGAACGCGGCGCAGAAGGGAAGGAGAAGCCAUGAUGGCGGCUGCCCUCACACAACACGGAGCGCGACCGGGAGCGCCGUGCCCGCCGCCGGCCGCCCCUCCCGCCGCCCGGGACACGGUGCUGCCGCAGCCUUUCACAUAAUAAACCCACCAGAAUUCGGCGGGGAGGCCAUUUUCGUGGGCUGGGUGGCGGCACUAAAGCACAACUGCUGUGAAUAUCAACUGCGUCACGGCUCUCCAUCUGUAACACUCAGGCUGCAAAGGGUCCCUCACUUGGAAGGAAACUCCCUCAUUUUGGAUAUACUUCCAGACCUCCUUUUUCCCCCCUACUCUCCAAGUCACUGCCUCUCGGUAUGAAGGAUUUUACAGUGCUUUCUAGGGAGACAUCCGCCAUUAAGACUCACCGUCGUGAAAAACACCCCCCCAUUUUGUUGCCUGUUUUUUGUCGAGCUUCUGUAAUUAGACGGAUAAAACAUGUAAGGGAUCCCUACCACCACCACCGCCUUCUCGCCUUUUUUAACAUCAACCUCACUAACAUCUUACUGUUCGCAGGCAGAUUUUUUAUUUUUUUUGGUGCUUACAAAAUAACAGCCACGUAAUGCCUGCAAUGGAUUCACAGCGUCUCUCCGUACAAAAAAAAAAACCAAACUAAACCCACCCAGGGUUGAGGACGACCAAGAGCUUUGUGCAGAAAGAGAAAUCAAAUCCCUCCCUGAAAAGAGACGUUUCAGAGGCACUGUUAGAUGUUUCUGAGGAAAAGGAGAUCGCCACCGCUUUCAGACGACCAUUGGGAUCCUUCCACCCAGGACAAUACCAUUAGCUACAGGCCUGGGCUAUUUGUUCCUCUGCAAGGGCAAAAGGGUUUACUUACCCGCACACCAUAGUUGAAUGCAGCUCUGAAGGUGAAGUUGUUACUCUUUUUUAAAAUAAUGGCUAUAAAUAUAUAUAUGAUCUGUAUCACCA